CCCCAGAUUGGAGAAAUGACAAGUGGCGGUAAUUCCAUGAUAAAGAAGGUUCAACAAAUGCAAGCCUUCUUUGGCUUGCCUGUCACUGGGAAACUGGACUUUAGCACCAUGGAUGUAAUAAGAAGACCUCGGUGUGGCGUCCCUGAUGUGGCAAACUAUCGCCUUUUCCCGGGAGAACCUAAAUGGAAAAAAAGUACAUUGACAUACAGGGUGAAAAAAUAUACAUCCACCUUAAGUCACGCAGAAGUUGACAAGGCUGUGGAGAUGGGGCUGAAAGCAUGGAGUGUGGCCACCCCCUUGAACUUUAUAAAAACAAUCUCAGGAGAAGCUGACAUCAUGAUUUCAUUUGAAAAUGGAGAUCACGGGGAUUCCUACCCAUUUGAUGGACCACGAGGGACUCUUGCACAUGCUUUCGCACCUGGGGAAGGCCUAGGUGGAGACACUCACUUUGACAAUGCAGAGAAGUGGACAAUGGGAAUGAAUGGAUUUAACUUGUUCACUGUUGCUGCUCAUGAAUUUGGCCAUGCCCUGGGCCUUGCCCAUUCUUCUGAUCCGUCAGCUCUGAUGUAUCCAACAUAUAAAUAUCAGCAUCCGUUUGGCUUCCGCCUUCCUAAAGAUGAUGUGAAGGGAAUUCAGGCACUGUAUGGGGCACGGCAGCCUGGAUCUGGGGUACCUGAAAUACCAAACCAGCCAGUCCCCAAACCAGCAGCUCCAAAUAAUCCAGAUCACUGUGAUUCCACCUUUUCAUUUGAUGCAGUUACAAUGCUGGGGAGAGAACUCCUUUUCUUCAAAGAUAGGAUCUUCUGGAGAAGGCAAGCUCAGCUAACCGCAAGUAUUCACCCACUUUCCAUCAGAAGCUCUUUCCCUCAGCUCAUGUCCAAUGUAGAUGCUGCCUAUGAAUUACCGGAUAGAGGGAUAGCAUAUUUUUUCAAGGGUCCUCAUUAUUGGGUAACUCGUGGAUUCCAGAUGCAGGGUCCACCCAGGACCAUUCUGGACUUUGGAUUUCCUAGAAAUGUGCUACAUAUAGAUGCUGCUGUCUACCUUCAGGAUGAAAAGAAGACCCUCUUCUUUGUAGGAGAUGAAUAUUACAGCUAUGAUGAAGCAAAAAGAAAAAUGGAGAAUGAUUACCCAAAGAGCAUCGAGGAAGAAUUCUCAGGAAUCAGGGGCAACAUAGAUGCAGCAGUAGAGGUGAAUGGAUUUAUUUACUUCUUUUCAGGCCCCAAAGCCUAUAAAUAUGACAGAGAAAAGGAAGAUGUGGUUAAUAUUGUGAAAUCCAGUUCCUGGGUGGGCUGCUGA